UCCAGAGUCUCUACCAUUUUACGAUUGGAGUGCCCGUUUUGGAUACGCGCAUUUCGAGCCUGCCUGCAUACCCAUCCACGAAAUCGAAGACGAACUAGCGGAUAGAGUCAAUAGCUACAACGUGGAUCAUGUGGGAGAAACAGUGGAAAAGAAAGGAGAGCUUCUAGUGGGUUAUAGGCGAUGGAGGCGAUGGAGGCCUGUGUCCGGGGAAGCCUCUGGGGGUGUCAAGCAGGAGCUAGCUUCGCGUUGAGGCGCCAAAUAAGGCUCAAGCUCGUAGUACGCAAUUGCAGUUCACAGCGAUCUGUCUGGUGGAAAGCUGGAGCGGCGCUGUUGCUGAAGUCUGCAAGUGCAUCGGCCUGCGCUCGCCACAAGCAGGUUCCAGUACUGGGAUGCAUCUCCAGCAGCCUGGCGACUGGUGCAGGAGGGGGCUGCAAUUUCAACAGUGGUGGAGGCCAAGGACCAGGAGGAGGAGGUGGAGGCGGAGAUGGGUUUCAGACGUCGGCUGUGCCAGCACAGUCAGUGAGCGGCGAAGCUGACGAUUCGAGUGCUGCUCAACCAGUAAUUAUUCUCGACGUUGGGGGCAUGUCGUGUGGUGGGUGCGCAGCGUCCGUAAAGAGGAUCCUUGAGUCCCAGGUUCAAGUAGCUUCUGCUACUGUCAAUCUUGCCACAGAAACCGCAGUUAUUCACGUCAAACAGGAUUCUCCUGCAGCAUCUAAUCGGGAGAUUGCGGAACAUCUUGCAAAUCACCUGACUACUUGCGGAUUUAAAUCAUCAGUACGAGAACAAGGGUCCCAAAGUCGUCUUCAAGCAGCUUACAAAAGAAAAGAGGAACGUAAAGUUCGUUUGAAAGACUCUGGGCGGAGAUUGGCAGCAGCCUGGACGCUAUUUUCUCUGAGUCUCGUUGGCCACGCAAGUCACUUCGGUCUCAAAUAUUUUCCUCCAUGGCUACAUUUUUUCCACUCAGUGAGCUUUCAGAUGUCUCUUUGCGUUUUCUCGCUAGUAGGACCUGGCCGCAGCCUUCUCUUGGACGGAUGGAAAAGCUUUCGUCGAAGGAGUCCCAAUAUGAACACCCUGGUGGGCUUAGGAGCUGUUUCAUCUUUUGCAGUCAGUGUCAUCGCGGCACUAUAUCCAAAGCUGGGUUGGAGUUCGUUUUUCGAAGAGCCCGUAAUGCUUUUAGCUUUCGUGUUGCUCGGCAGAGCAGUGGAAGAAAGAGCAAAAGUGAAGGCAAGCAGUGAUAUGGAAAGCCUACUUGGACUUCUUCCCAAAAAUGCUCGGCUUGUUAUGGGGAAAAGCUUAGACGAAGUUCCAUCGACAGUGGACGUUCCAUGUGAUAGCAUUGUACUGGGAGACCGGGUUAUGGUCUUACCUGGGGACAUUAUCCCAGUGGAUGGCAUUGUGAAAGAAGGCAGAAGCACUGUGGAUGAAUCCAGUCUUACUGGUGAACCUCUUCCGAUUUUGAAGAAAUCUGGUGAUGAAGUAAAUGCUGGAACAGUGAACCACAAUGGUGUGAUCCUGGUUGAAGCAGUGCGGUCUGGUGAUGAAACCGUUGUUGGGGAUAUUGUGAGGAUGGUAGAGAACGCUCAAUUAAGAGAAGCACCAAUACAGAGGUUGGCUGACAAGGUUUCAGGCAAGUUUUGUUAUGCAGUAAUGGCCUUAUCUGUCGCCACUCUCGGAUUUUGGAGCGUUUUGGGACCAAAGCUGUUUCCUUCCGUCAUCCCGACUGGUGGUGGACUUCUUCUCGGCCUACAGCUUGCUUGUAAUGUGCUUGUGAUUGCCUGUCCUUGCGCUCUUGGACUUGCCACACCAACCGCUGUUCUGGUGGGCACGUCACUGGGAGCACGAAAUGGUUUACUAGUUCGAGGUGGAGACAUUCUAGAAAAAGCAUCCGCUGUUGAUGCGGUUGUGUUCGACAAGACUGGCACACUUACACUGGGGAGGCCUGUUGUGGUUGACGUGGUGUUAAAUAAGUACUGGAGUAAAGAAGAAGUUCUAAAGUUUGCUCAUGGAGUGGAACGUACAGCAAGCCAUCCUCUCGCAAAAGCCAUUGUUCAGGAAGCAGAAAACGUAGGAUCUACCGGCGCAUUGGUGCAAGAUGGAUCUUUCGAGCAAGAACCUGGGAGUGGGGCAACAGCUGUUGUGGAUGGAAAGAGAGUAACUGUCGGCACCUUAGAUUGGGUCCAAAGGUUCGGAACGGUUGGAGAGCCCCCGCGACUUCUGGGAAAUCCGGAAGGAAGAACAGUUGUUUUUGUCGGGCUGGACAACUCCAUUGCUGCUGCUAUCACUUUGGUCGACGAAAUCAGGGACGACGCCGCGGAGACUGUGAGAGCUCUGAUUACAUUCACAUAUCCUUUUACAGCUUCGUUCUUGUUCGCACUCAUCAUGAAUAUGUAUUGGUUACUGAUGGCUUCGUUAGGCACAGGGCGUCUUGAUCUGUUCACAGCAGAAAGAUCCUCGGCAGUGCGUUUGUCCAGCGACGUGGAGCCGAGCUGCUCGUUGCAACUCUGCUCAGUAUCCGACGCUUCGGAUGAGAUUUGGACACGGGAUACGUUUCGAAUUGGUUUGCCAAUAGCUGCGGGGGCUCUUGUUCCAGCCACCAGAGUGAUGCUCACGCCGUCACUGGCGGGUGCUCUCAUGGGAUUGAGCUCGCUGGGAGUGCAUUGCCAUUGUUACUUCAUGAUUCGUUCAACUUUCAUAUUCUUCACGAACUCAGUGAGUUUUGAGGAAGAAAAACUGCGAUUCUUUACUCAUCGUUAUCUUACAAUUCUGCAACUCCAAGGCUUGUCCCGGUUGUGCCUCACCCCCGGCAUCUCCACGACGAUCACAUACGAGUCUGGACGGUUCCACAUGUCCAAGAAGGGCGGGAUGGUGAUGACCCGUGAAUCACCACCACACGCAGCUCUUUACCCGCAAGAGACCAUCGUCAAGCUGGUGGCUGAUGCGCCCUGCGUCAACGUGCUGCGGGAGGACAAACUUCGGAGCAAACAGCUUGGCAUGUUGCUGCUGAUUGUGCUGGCGAUGCUGCACCCGCCGCCUAAGCAUCGCAAUGUGUGGGCUACUGCCACCUGGAUCCUCUUCCUUGUGGGUCCGAGCACUAGACGUGCUUAUUUUGCAAUCAAAAAGUUCAUCACAAGUGGAGUUACUGGAGAUCGGCUUUUCUUCUUCUUUUGUGGACAUGGUUUGGAGAGCCUUCUUGAUAUGAAUGGUGAUGAACUUGAUGGCAACAAUGAAGCAAUUUGCUUCUCAAAUGGACUUCAGUUUAUCCAAAGGACUUGUGGAGUGCUCGUAGAUGAUAUUCUACAUAAGAUAAUGGUAGAAGAUCUUCAACCUGGUGUCCAGCUAACUGCUGUGCUUAACACAUGCCACAGCGGCACGAUGCUUAAUUUGCCUUUCCAGACAACAGGGAAAAGAUGGAUGAAGGCUUCGAAUCAAGUUUCAACUCCGCUGCAGGCAAAGGAUCGAACUCAGAGACACAGUCUUUUCACUCUCGAUUUCACCAAAUCCAUUCGUGAAGGAGCAAACACGUACAAGCUACUCCUUGAGAGUAUGCACAAGAAGCAGCAAGAAGCUGGAUUAAGGAAUAGCACAAUCAAUAUAUGUGCAACUGAACCGUUUUCUCUUGAUCAGGAAUGUCGUUUCCAUCUCGGAGAUGACGAGAGGAGGCCACUGCUGCCACGGACAGACCCGCAGAGCUUCUUAAGCGCUACUGAAAGCAAUGAAAGAAUACGGGAGCUUCCAGAUUGGAUACACCAAGGAGCGAGGAGCGCAGAGGAUGGCGACGCGUCGGCGGGACAGGCUCCUCGAAAUGUCGAGUGCCGCCGCUUCUUCUUGUCCCGUUGUUAUGGAGGACGACGAUCCGCCACCGGAAAUGGGGAUCUCGAGGAAGAGUCUUGGCCUUUCUCACUGGCGAAUGUGAAAUUUUCGUGCUGCGCACCUAAAUUUUACAUCGGCGUUUUGGAUCCGGACGAGCUUCCCAUACCAACGCGAUCAUCACCCAAGAAGCUGCCGGAGCUACCCACUCUUGAAGUAAAGUCCAGUUUACACGACGAGUGCAACACAAGCGUGGAGAAGAAUUCCAACAGGGACAGUUUGCGGGAGACAUGUUUUUCCGAAAGAUUCGACAGCCGUUCCAAGCCGCUUGACAUAUCGAUCAUGGAAGAGUCUGCUCGAGACACUUCUGUAAGUUUGGAGCUUUAUUUGUAUGCCAAGGCCUAUACCUCUAAGUCCAGUUGUGCUCCUGCAAAAACAGCGAUAGAAUCUGCUAUACAAAAGGACACUCGGGGCGUCUUGAUCCGUUCACAGCAGAAAGAUCCUCGGCAAAGGAUCAGACAAGUGGUGGAUGCUCUCGAAUUAAGCCGAAGAAUCCAGAGAAAGAUAAAGCAGAACUUAUGCUGGGCAUUCAUGUACAACAUAAUUGGUUUGCCAAUAGCUGCGGGGGCUCUUGUUCCAGCCACCAGAGUGAUGCUCACGCCGUCACUGGCGGGUGCUCUCAUGGGAUUGAGCUCGCUGGGAGUGGUGACUAAUUCGCUCCUGCUUCACUGGGAAUACUUUGUUCACGUGGACAAGCAUCGCAGUAAAGCACCACUCGGAGCGAGCGAUAGCAUUGCCAUUGUUACUUCAUGAUUCGUUCAACUUUCACAACUUCACGAA